CGUCGCCGAAUAUUAAACGUCAAGAUAGCGUUGAGACGGCGCAGGACUUCCUAACACCAUCAUGACACUACUCAGUAACUGUGUAAUUGGCAGAUGCCACCAUCAGAAUACUACUAAGAUACUAGUUAGGUUUUAGCCGCGCGCCGCUCGAAACCAUAAAAAGACGCGCCCCUAAUUAAUCACGCAAUUUAGCCCCGCGGCUAUAGCUCCGAGUCCCACCCACGGCGAAAAGAAGAUCAAGAUACAAACCAGAUACCUUAAAUUUCCCUAUCUUAUAUCAGAUUUAAUCGUGGAAUCGAUAAUUAUUCGAGUGAACUGAGCGGAGCGAAUAACGAUGGCAAAGCUCACGGGACGAGCGCUUGACUUUACACACACGAGCCCGCAACACGCUCUCAAGCUCGUGGAAUUACCACCCGAAUUGGCGGAGCUGAUUUCCUCUGGGAAGACUGGAUCUCCUCUCUACUUAAAAUCCGCCCCGCCAUCGUCUUCAUCUGCCCCGUCGUCAUCCACCGAUGCCUACGUAAACCUCUGUACGACUACCCAAACCUACAUGGUCCGACAUGUCCACUCCUCAAACUGCAUAUACCUCAUCCAACCCGCCCCUUCUACCCAGCCGGAGCCGCAACAGGCGACAGGAGAAACGCCUCGUCACCACAUCACAACCAUCGCCAAAUGCAAUGCCACGCUCGAACUCGUGAAGCUGGAUAGCAACCCAUACUCCGCACUUCCGUAUCUCCAGCGCUCACUGCGCGUGUAUAGUGGUACGCACGCUGAGGAGGACGCGGAUGUUGAUAUGAGCGACGCCGGCAAUGGCAAUGGCACUGGGGCAGUAUCUACUGCUAUUGCUACUGAAACCGCUGGCGAUAAGAGUUCCAUUGUGCAAAGGGAGCGGCGACGAGCUAUUACAAAGGUAUUUGGCGAUGUCCCAUUUUCGCCGGUGGAGUGUGAGCGGGGCUGGGUGGAGGUGUGCGGGUUUGUACACAAAGCGCGUCACUCUGGUGGUGGUGGUGAUGAUGGUCGAUUAGCUUGUUGGAGACCAUCGGCUGUCGUAAAGAUUCAAACGUGGAAAAAUAUUUUGGAUGGGGCUGUGUUGCAGGGGAUUAAUAUGGAGAAGCAGUUUUUGGUACGGGAUUUGUGGCGGGCUGUUAGGGUGGGGGAUGCUGGGUUCCCAAGGCCGUUAUUUGAUGCGUUGGUGAGGAGGUUAAUGGGGGAUCCGGCGUCGCUGGGUCUUGGGGAGGUUUAUGAGGAGCUCAAAUGGGCAAGUCUCGAUAAAGAUACUACGGUGAGCUGGGUUGGGGAAGUUUACCUAGAGGCCAACGCGCCGGAUCCAACGAUGGCGAUUGGUCGCGCGGAAUUCUUGGAGAGUUGGAAAGAUCUAUUGCCGGAGUCUUGGAGGAGCGAAGCUACGUGGGAUAAUUUGAAGAGCGACUCCCACCAAUAUCCCGGUCCGGCAAGCGUUUGUUAUAAGCCCAGGCUAGAAACUCAGGCUCGUCGUACAGGACUCAAGGCGUGCGUGAAGCAUGGAAACCAGUGAUAACCAACAUCAAAUACGAUACGGUAUGGGGGAUUGCCCGCAUAAGCCGCAAAAGCAAAUAUAUCGCCACCAGGCUAUCUGAGUACUCCUCCCAUGGUCUAUCGGAAUAAGGCUGGAAAUAAAUGACACCACCCAUAAAAAGCAUUAGACAAUCUCUCAACAUAAAAAGGGCGGAAGAGAAACUAAAGACCCAUGAGAAGGAGCUUUGAGCUCAACUUCAGGAAACAGCAGCUAAGCGUCAACACCAGGCAUACUUCUCGUUCCAAUACCAAUCAACAUCUUCGCCUAGCCCAAGCUGUUUGCCAUUCCACUUAAGGCUACAUAUGCUAGUUUGUUCUCUAUGCUCGACUUGCGCAGUCUCACUCAGCAUUUUUGCGGCUUUUUCGACGACUGGGGAUGGAUUCCAAAUCUCCACACGGCUCAUACCCCACUCAUGCGCCUGCAACUGGGCCCGAUAGAGUGUUGCAGCCAGCGCUUCGAUUACCGCCUUCUCUUCAGCUGGCGAGUUUGGUUCCUCGUAUAGCGUCCGCAGGAUAUAUAAAACGUGGUCCUUGUCGGUCUUUCCAAAGUUCCGAUUCCAACAGAUGAAAACUUUGCGGCUUUCAACGCAAGCGCCCUUCACCUUGGGCACGCCCUUGGCAGGAACCAGAAUCUUUGAGUAGAACUCUUCGCGGGCCCAAUGCCAGCUCAAAGCUGCAUAAUCUGGCACAAAGCCAACUUUGGCCUUUUUUGAAUUCAAUGACGCCUCCCUUAAGACUUGUUUGUACCGCUCAAGUGCUGCAUCGGAGCACAUGAGGCGUCUGACGUCGUCUGCCUGCAUUUCCCUCCCCAUGCCCAAAUCGACUCCAGGGGUAACCUGCUGUACUCUAUCAUUUGAGGUGGUUGGGAGACAGAUGUGCGACGAAGGGAAUGCCUUCCACCCACGUUCCCCAUAAAAGUUUUUGCCGAUAUCCGAGUAGAGGACUGAAAAUAUGCCUUUCUUCCGCACCGAAUUUUCUUGCUGCCAUGUGUCCAGCUUCUUCGCGAGCUCAGUAAUCAUCCGCCCACCGUAACCCCGACGGCGAAACUCUGGUUUUGAAAAGACGCUUCCAACACCGUGGGCAAUGAUCUGCUCGACCUCACCGCCAUGAGCUAACCAGGCGCGUUUGCCAAACGACUCGCAGCUGCUGAGAAUGGGACGGUUAUCGGGGGGAAGAUGACGGUCUACGAGGAUCCAUUGGGUCAUUGCGCCGUCCUUGGUCAUGUCCUGAUUCAUGAGGUGAUUCUCGCGCUGAAUAUAUUGAUCAGGAUCCAAUAGACCUCUCCAUUCCCGGCUAUUUGCUUUCAGACAUUGGAUGCGCUCUGCGGUGGUGGGGACGACGAGAGUGAGGUCCGGGGAGUCUGAGGGGGGCAGGUAGCAAUCGGAGGACCCCAUGACUUGGGGUUCUGUUUGAGCUAUUGGUUUCUCUUAUUUCUUCCUUUAUUUUUGAUUAAAGACGAGCCGCGCUCUGUGAGUGGGGUAUAUUGUUGUGUUGAUAUAAGUUUAUAUGUAUAGCAAAUUUCAUCAGUCCUAGGAUCUCGACGAGCUGGAUGAAGGGGCGUUGUAGAAAUACAAAGCUACCCAGGCAGGUUUUAUAUCUUCGACAGGGAUUCAAAAGAAGCAAGGGAGCGCCGUCUCUGAUUCGUGCAAAUGGCCGAAUAGAAGACCUGGUGAUGCAUGCACAAGUGCGCCGCCGUUCCUACCUAGGUAGGCAGUCGUCUCCCUGUCAAGGGACAGAAUAAGGAACGCCCACAAAGCGGGUCUCCAGUCGUCGGCUAUUUUCGGUCCCUCUAAAAGGACACACACUAGCUAGACAUUGAUGACAUAUUACUAAUCAACAGUGAUAUCUGUCCAGCGCAGCUCUCUCAGGAACAGCUCUCUGUAGGGGCAAAACUGAGUUCAGGCUGGGGCUAGUGGUUAAGACUGGGCUGGUAAACGCUAUGCGCUUGUAUAGUAUGAAAAACCACCACUAUUUUGAAUAUUUUGAAUGUAACAUAGGUGUGACUUGUUAGUGGACUGUGUUUUAAAGGA